UACAGGAGACAAUGAACAUAUCCCGAUGAAUAACCCUUCCACACAGAUUUACCAGUUGCAGGCCCUAGCCUCUGAACUCAAAACUGGUUUCACAGAAGCGAUGCAAGAACUGUCAAGAAUUCAACAUGGAGAGUAUGCUUUGGAAGAGAAGGUUAAGAGUUGCAGAUGUUCCAUGGAAGAAAAAGUUACUGAGAUGAAGAAUUCAUUAAACUAUUUCAAGGAAGAGCUGAGCAAUGCCAUGUCAAUGAUCCAGGCCAUCACUUCCAAACAAGAAGAAAUGCAACAGAAAAUUGAACAGCUUCAACAGGAAAAGCGAAGAGAAUCUCGAAAAGUGAAAGCCAAGAAAAGUCAGAAAGAAGAACACGGCUCACAGGCUGGGUCUGCUCAAGCACAAGGAAGUCCUUUCCGUUCCAUCAAUAUCCCUGAGCCUGUUCUUCCGAAUGAAGACUUUACAAACCUCUUGCCUUCUCAGGCCUAUGAAAAAGCCCAAGAGUCCAGAUCCAUGCAUGUAGGAGAUAGUAAUGUGAAGGGAAUGAUGGGUCCCGGAAUGAACCCAACAACCCCAGAACCUGAAGAAAAUAUUAAGUCUUGCCUCUCGGCUGAUAUCCAAUCCAAGGGCCAUCUCCCAUCUGGUGUGUGGAGGCAGCUUAAGGAUGGUAAAGACUGGGGUGAAGAAUAUGUCACGAAAGACCACCCAGACAAACUCAAGGAAGUUGGCCAGGGCAGACACAGCUCCUUGGAAAAUGUAUUGUGUGAAACCUCUUUAGCUGCUAAAAGACAGACUGUGGCUUUAGAACUGCUUGAAUCAGAAAGAAAAUACGUCAUUAACAUCUCUCUGAUCCUGAAGAUCAAGGCAACAUUCCAGGGGUCAGAUGGAAAGAGGAAUUCAAAAGAGAGAAGUCUCUUCCCUAGCUCUUUACGGUACCUUGUCCAGCAGCACUUGGAUUUGCUUCACGCUUUGCAGGAGAGGGUUCUGAAGUGGCCACGCCAAGGAGUCCUUGGAGAUUUAUUCCUUAAGUUAACAAAUGAUGAGAAUAAUUUUUUGGAUUACUAUGUUGCCUACCUGAGGGACCUGCCUGAAUGCAUCUCUUUGGUUCAUGUUGUUGUUCUGAAGGAGGGUGAUGAAGAGAUUAAAUCUGACAUCUACACAUUGUUUUUUCACAUAGUCCAGCGCAUCCCUGAAUAUCUGAUACAUCUGCAGAAUGUUCUGAAGUUCACAGAACAGGAACACCCUGACUAUUACCUACUUCUGGUGUGUGUUCAGCGCCUUCGAGUAUUUAUCUCCCACUACACCCUGCUGUUUCAAUGCAAUGAGGAGUUGCUUAUUCAGAAACGGAAAAAGCUCAAGAAGUCAUCCAUGGCGAAGCUGUACAAAGGGCUGGCUUCCCAGUGUGCAAAUGCCGGGCAAGAUGCUUCCCCCACUGCAGGUCCUGAGGUUGUCCGAGACAGUGGGAUCCACUCAGAAGAGAUGCUGCAACCCUACCCUUCUACUCCCAGUUCUGGUCCUGCUGUCACACAUUUGAUGCCCCCAAUGAAGAAAAGCCAACAACAGCAAAGCUUGAUGGAGAGCAUGCAGCCUGGGAAGCCCAGCGACUGGGAGAUGGAGGGCAGAAAGCAUGAGAGGCCAGAGAGCCUCCUGGCGCCGGCGCAGUUCUGUGCCGCUGAGCAGGACGUGAAGGCGCUCGCCGGGCCCCUGCAGGCCAUCCCGGAGAUGGACUUUGAGCCCUCGCCCGCCGAGCCGCUGGGCAACGUGGAGCGCUCCCUGCGCGCCCCGGCCGAGCUGCUGCCCGACGCCCGCGGCUAUGUGCCCGCGGCCUACGAGGAGUUCGAGUACGGCGGCGAGAUCUUCGCGCUGCCCGCGCCCUACGACGAGGAGCCCUUCCAAGCCCCGGCCCUCUUCGAGAACUGCUCGCCAGCCUCUUCCGAGUCCAGCCUGGACAUCUGCUUCCUGCGGCCCGUCAGCUUCGCCAUGGAGGCCGAACGGCCCGAGCACCCACUACAGCCGCUGCCCAAGAGCGCCACGUCUCCAGCGAGCAGCAGCGGCGCCUACAAGCUGGAGGCGGCGCAGGCGCAGGCGCACGGCAAGGCCAAGCCGCUGAGCCGCUCGCUCAAGGAGUUCCCGCGCGCGCCGCCCCCCGAGGGCGUGGCCCCGCGCCUCUACAGCACGCGCAGCAGCAGCGGCGGCCGCGCGCCGCUCAAGGCCGAGCGCGCCGCGCAGCCGCAUGGCCCUGCCCGCGGCGCGCCCAGGACCUUCUUCCCCCAACAGAGGUCCCAAAGCGAAAAGCAGACCUAUUUGGAAGUAAGGAGGGAGAUGCAUUUAGAAGACGCCACCAGAUUCUGUCCAAAGGAAGAAAGAGAAAGUGAACAAACAUCUUUCAGCGAUCAAAAUCCCAGGCAAGACCAGAAAGGGGGCUUUCGCAGCUCCUUCCGCAAGCUCUUUAAAAAGAAGUCCAGUGGAUCAGAAUACAGGGAAAAAACUAAUGAGAAUCCCUCAAUGGAUCCUUCACCCACCAAACAAGAUUUCUUCAGAAACCGACUUGCUCUUGCAAAUGACCUUGACCAAGGAACAGCUGUGUAAAACAUACUUAAAGUUGUAUUGUCAAGUGGCCAAAAGUUUUGGGGGCAGUGCUUGAAAGCACAAAGCCAAACUGACUGAACAUGGAAAGUGAAAUAGAAGUCACAGCCUCUUGAAUAAAAUGUAAAAAAAA